UAGGAGCAGCAGGCUAUACGUGCGUGCUGGCCACGAAGUCACAGAUAAGCAAAAAAGAAAAUCUGGUGAAGCGGAAACAAGAAAAGUGGUUGUGCUUUCAAACAAAGAAUAUAUAUAUUUUAUUUUUUGGAAUUUUAACAAAGUUAAAUUUUUACUUAUAUAAACAUAGAAGUAAAAAAGUUCUGCAUAUUUUUGUUUAUAACGAAUAAUGAACGAAAAUUUACUAACAGAAUGUGAAAGUCGAACUUUCGGUAAAACAAAUAAUUGCGUGCAAACGAAAUUAAAUCAAAAGAAAUUGUGGCUAAAGCUACGUUUUUUUAUUUAUAUUGGCGUAAUUUUCUUAUUUUACGUAAAUUAUUUGUGGUCUGGCGGUGCAGGAAAAGAGAACGUGCCACCCAAACAAUAUCAUUCCAAUAGACAGUUACUCAGUUUUGUGAGCACAAGUACUGUUGGCUUGGAGCAGCCACAAGAAGUUGUGCACACAACAAAAGCACAUUAUUACAACAAUCAUCCGGUUGAGCAGACAUCAUUAGCAGACGUGACCCAGCCAGCCGUAGUAGAGAAAGGAGCAGAACUCACGUUCCGCACACCAACAGAUAACAGAACUGUAAAUUGUACCGCGCCCGCAAUUUUGCAGUUUCCGACUGAUGGUCUGACACGCAUACAGCGUCAACAUGGCUGGAUAAUAAUUCAUAUUCUAUUGGCGUUCUAUUGCUUUUGGCUGUUGGCGGUAAUUUGCGAUGAUUAUUUUCUACCCGCCAUCGAGUUGAUAUGCCGAGCUCUACAUAUGCAAGCCGAUAUUGUUGGCGCCACACUUUUUUUUAUUGCCACAUCAAGUCCCGAACUCUUUAUGAAUUGCGUUGGUACAUUUGUGACAAACGGUGACAUUGGAGUUGGUACGAUAGUGGGCUCGUCUGUUUUUAAUUUGCUCGCAGUGCCGGCAUGUUGUGGACUCUUUCUCGGGCAACAAUGCAAUCUGCGCCUGGACUGGUGGCCGGUGAGCCGAGAUUGCUUGAUGUAUUGCAUGUCCGUGUUAGCAUUGAUAGCAACGAUCUGGGAUGGUAUGGUGAUGUGGUAUGAAUCGUUGUUGCUCUUUUUGGCCUAUUUUAUUUAUAUGACAGUGAUGUACUACAACGAUCAGGUGGCACGCACGGCUCGUCGUCUCGUCUCACGUUAUCGCCGCAAACUACAUUACGUUCGAUCCUGCCAUGAAAUAGGCGAAUUAACGCCACUUACUGGUCACUAUCAUACUUGUGCCAGUGUUGUCAGCUAUACCUUAGCUACAUGUGGGAACAAUAUCAACAAUUGCGUUUCAAGCACGAAUCUUAUACGAUUUUAUUUAUCCAACUCAUCAACGCCGCUGCACUCGAAUUCUGAUGAUAUUGAGAGAUGUCACACUUCGCAAAAUGGCUGCAGCAGUCAUACUGUAGUUUCGGAACACAGCUGCGAAGAAGAAAGUUUUGAUAGUUCAACAAACUAUGCAGAUGUACCAUGGCAACGAGUUGAUCUAUCUUUACCAGUAUUCAUUUUACGUUGGCCCAUCACAUUUUUGCUGUAUAUAACAUUACCGGAUAGUCGAAAGCAUCCGCAAGCUAAAUACCUCGCAUUCACUGGAUCGAUUUUAUGGAUUGCAGUGGUCUCCUAUAUAGUGGCUUAUGUGAUUACUAUAAUAGGGGACACACUCAAUAUACCAGACUCUGUAAUGGGUCUCACCAUACUGUCCGCCGGUAUGAGCAUACCUGAAGCAGUCUCAAGUAUCAUUGUGACUAAGCAAGGACUCAGCGCAAUGGGCAUUAGUAAUGCCAUCGGUUCGAAUACAUUCGAUAUCCUUCUCUGUCUUAGCGUACCAUGGUUUAUUAAAGCAUACUUCCUUCCCAAUCAACCGGAUGAGUUAUGGGUUGCACUCAACUCUAAUGGCCUUACAUUUUCUGUUAGUUUUCUACUCGCAUCUGUUAUUUGUCUAUUUCUAACAUUGCUAAUGGGACGCUUCAAGUUGAAUCGCAAAAUAGGUUGGAUUUGUGCUGUUAUGUAUAUUUGCUUCAUUACUUGUGCUGCACUGAUCGAACUCAAUGUAUUCUUUCCGGUUAACUUGCCGGUAUGUGACCACUGAUAAUCCGAGAAGACAGAGAUAGAGAUCGACUUGCGACUUAUUAUAUCGAUAACAGCAAGCCAGGGCACUUCAUUUAAAUAAAAAUUCAUUGAAAAUUAACU